UAAAAUUUCGGAUAGCAAUAUACUUGGUGAAACAUACAGUGAUAGUGUGUAAAUAAUUAUUUUCGAAGAAUUACAAACGGACUACGACCAUAUUGUGUUAGAAAAAUCAAGGUGAAUAAAUCUAGGAAAUGACAAUAGGUUUGGUUUCCUUAAUUACUACGACAUCCGCCGUAGGAGUCGGUUUAAUUCCACUUGUGGCAAUCGGACUAUCGUUAUACAGAUACGACAAAAUGGAUCCUGAAUCUCCUCCUGAAAAUAUUCGCGAGAUAAAAAGAAUGUACGACUUCAUCGUGGUGGGAGGUGGAAGUGCUGGAGCGGUGAUAGCCUCAAGGUUAUCCGAGGUGUCCAAUUGGAGCAUAUUGUUAAUAGAGGCUGGUGACAAUGAAAACGAAAUUUCUGAUAUACCAAUUUUCGCGGGCUACGGUCAAUUAUCAGAAUUAGAUUGGAAAUAUCAAACCACGCCAUCAAUGACAUCGUCUUAUUGUCUUGCAAUGGUAGGAGACAGGUGCAAUUGGCCACGCGGAAAGGUUUUGGGUGGCAGCAGUGUCCUGAAUGCCAUGGUAUACGUGCGCGGCAACAGAUUGGAUUACGACAAAUGGGCAAGAAUGGGUAACACCGGCUGGAGUUACGAGGAAGUUCUUCCUUACUUUCUCAAGUCUGAGGAUAACAGGAACCCUUAUUUGCAGAAAUCACCUUACCAUAAAACAGGAGGCUACUUAACAGUACAGGAACCACCGUGGAGAUCACCAUUAUCGAUCGCCUUUUUACAAGCUGGACAAGAACUCGGUUAUGAAAAUCGUGAUAUCAAUGGUGAAAGUCAGACUGGUUUCAUGAUUAUGCAGGGUACGAUCCGCAGAGGAAGUCGUUGCUCGACAGCUAAAGCUUUUUUAUGGCCAGUGAAAAACAGGCCGAAUUUGCACAUAGCUAUGAAAGCUCAAGUACUGAAAGUGCUCUUCAAUGCCGACAAACGAGCCACGGGAAUAGAAUUUCUACGCGAUGGUUUAAAACAAACAGUUAGAGUAAGAAGAGAGAUCAUUCUGUCGGCUGGAGCGAUCAAUUCACCGCAACUGCUGAUGCUCUCAGGCAUAGGACCGAAAGAACAUCUCGAGGAACUUGGUAUACCGGUAUUGUCAGAUCUUCGAGUAGGUGACAAUCUUCAAGACCAUGUUGGUCUCGGUGGAUUGAGCUUUACGGUUGACGAACCAAUUACUUUAAAAAGGGACCGUCUACAGACACUACCAAUAAUACUGAAUUAUGCAAUAAACAACAAAGGGCCCUUGACUACUCCAGGAAUCGAAGCCUUGGCCUUCAUCAAUUCUAAAUACGCUGAUCCUUCUGGCGUUUAUCCGGACAUUCAGUUUCACUUUCUUCCAAGUUCCAUCAAUUCCGAUGGUGAAUCAGUAAGCAAGUUUAUCGGAUUAAGAGAUAGCGUUUACAAUACGGUGUUUAAACCAUUGAAAAAUACUGAUAGUUGGACGAUAUUACCACUUUUAUUGAAACCCAAAAGUUCCGGAUGGAUUCGCCUAAAGAGCAGGAAUCCUCUGAUUCAUCCUGAUAUUAUUCCGAAUUAUUUCGCACAUAAAGAAGAUGUAGACAUCCUAAUAGACGGUAUACAAAUUGCUAUGGCUGUUUCAAACACAAGUGCCUUUCGAAGAUUUAAUUCGAGACCAUAUUCUAUUAAACUACCGGGUUGUCAAAGAUUUCCUUUCGCCACGAACGAAUAUUGGGAAUGCGCCAUACGACAAUUUACCUUCACCAUGUAUCAUCCAGUGGGUACGUGUAAAAUGGGACCAAGAAACGAUCUAACAGCUGUCGUGGAUCCAAAAUUAAGAGUAUACGGUGUAAAAGGUUUACGAGUCGCUGAUGCCUCUAUAAUGCCUACCAUUGUUAAUGGAAAUACUAAUGCACCAGUUAUCAUGAUCGGCGAAAAAGCAAGUGACAUUAUUAAAAAUGACUGGAGGUAUUAAAAGAAAGAACUGUGUAAAUAUUUUUAUUUCGCUUAAAGUUAAUAAUUUUAUCAAUUAGAAUUAUUAUUUAUACUAGUUUAAUUAUAUAUUUUUACAUUGUCAUGACAAACUCAGGGAUAUUUUGCAAUUAGAGAUUCGAACGUAUUUAGCUUGAUAAACUUGUUUUGUUCUUCUAUGAGAUAAAUGGAACGUGCCAUUUCGAAACUCUUAGAUACGAUUUUAUUCAGAAGUAAGAGAUAUAAUAAUAAGUGUUACUGAAAGUUCAAAUGUUAACUACCGUCUCAGAAAAAUUCAAACCAAUGUACAACUAUAGAAACUCAUCCAUGUGUAAACCUAUUAGUAAAACAAAUGGUAAUACAACUUUCUCGUUAAAUUUUCUCCACGCAAUACACUUUUACGAAAAGAAUGAUAUCAAGAUUAUUAUCUUUAGAUCCGAAUGUUUCGUUACUAUCUUUAUGCCUUUCCCGCUGAAACUUCUCUCAUGCGAUUAGUUUUUGCUUCUCAUUCAAUUUUCUUAAUAAAACGAUGAACAUAAAUCAGUUGUACUUGGUAAUCAUUAACUACAUAGAUAAAAUAUGUAUAUAUUAAUAACAAAAAGAAAGAUAAAUGCGUGAUAAUAUGUAUAUCGCGCUUUAUAAAUUUCACAAAUUCUUACGCAGAACGUGCGAGAACAGUGAAAGCAGAAGCCUUAUCGAGUUGUCGUACACUAUCGCUGGCUAAACACUAAAACACAUGAAAUGUAUACACAAAAGGAAACGUGUUAGACCGGAUAUUUAUGUGAAAACCUGCAGUUGGAUUCACACGUUUCUUAAUUCUCUUCAAAAAUAUCGAACGAGACAUCCAAAAAUAUUUGGAAAUAAAUGCACGAAAAUACUUCAUUUUUCCGAACAAAGAACGUACGUACGUACAUAGAAACGAGAAAAUCACUCGAUUAAAUAAAUAUUUAAGCAGAAAAAAAAACAACCGUUAGAAAACAACUCGCUAGUUACAAUUGUUCGUAAACAUAAUUAGAAAAUAAAUUAUCUUUAAUGGCACCUUUCAUGGAAACAGGAAAGAAAAAACAAAAUAAACAAGCACGUUUACGAGUAGAACGAGACCUAUACAAGUAUCAGCAUUGAACCAGUUUAUAUUAAUUAAAGCAAAUAUGUUGUAAUCGUACUUUG